AUGAUGGUCAAUGGACACCGGGCAGAAACGCUGCGCAGCCCCCGCCCUGCCCAGACCCGCUAUCCCCGGCCAACACUCAACGGGCACGCUGCCAAAACCCAAUCGUCACGGUGUCAGAGCGCGCUCAAUAUUCCUCAUGCCAAAAUACGCUCCAAUAUCCACUAUGGGAAACCCAUGUUACGCCAGGGAGACACGGGGGACUGGAUCGGCACGUUUCUGGGUCACAAGGGUGCUGUGUGGGGCGCAACGCUGAAUCAAGAUGCCACGAAAGCGGCCACGGCGGCUGCGGAUUUCACCGCCAAAGUGUGGGACGCGGUCUCGGGGGACGAGCUGAUGACCUUGGCGCACAAACACAUCGUCAAGACGGUGGACUUCACGCAGGACAGUAAUUACUUGUUAACCGGGGGCCAGGACAAACUACUGCGCAUCUAUGACUUGAACAAACCAGAAGCAGAGCCCAAGGAGAUCGGCGGGCACACGUCCGGCAUCAAGAAGGCCCUGUGGUGCAGCGGCGACAAGCAGAUCCUCUCCGCCGACGACAAGACCGUCCGCCUGUGGGACCACGCGUCCAUGGCGGAGGUGAAGUCCCUGAGCUUCAGCAUGUCGGUGAGCAGCAUGGCGUACAUCCCCGAGGGCGAGAUCCUCGUGCUCACCUACGGACGCACCAUCGCCUUCCACAGCGCCCUGAGCUUGGAUCCCAUCAAGUCCUUCGAGGCCCCCGCCACCAUCAACUCGGCCUCGCUGCACCCCGAGAAGGAGUUCCUCGUGGCGGGGGGCGAAGACUUCAAGCUGUACAAGUACGACUACAGCAGCGGGGAGGAGCUGGAGUCGUACAAAGGUCACUUCGGGCCGAUCCACUGCGUGCGCUUCAGCCCCGACGGCGAGCUGUACGCCAGCGGCUCGGAGGACGGCACGCUGCGCCUGUGGCAGACGGUGGUGGGCAAGACCUACGGCCUGUGGAAGUGCGUGCUGCCCGGUGAGUGCCCGCGGCCCAGCGCGCCCAGUUCCAGCUCGGCGUCCCGCGUGCUGAGCGUGACCCCGGCGUGCGUGCACGCUCUGGGCCGGCGCUCCACCGCCUGA